AUGGGCACGCGCAUCCAGGCAGAGCAGCUGGAAGAGGCGGACUACCGCGGUGACCGCUUCAAGGACUUUGCCGAGAAGGAUGCCAACGGCAUUCCCGUGUCCCUGAAGGGCAACAACGACCUUCUGAUUUUCUCCAAGCCAGACAUGAUUAAGGACAUCCACAAGGAGUACUUUCUGGCUGGCUCCGACAUUUGCGAGACCAACACCUUCAACGGCACAACCGUGUCACAAGGCGAGUACAAGAUGCAGGCAGUUGUGCACGAGAUGAACAAGAAGGGAGCUGAGUUGGCAAAGAAGGCGGCAGCAGAGGUGACAAAGCAGGAGCCUCACAAGCCCCGCUUUGUUGCAGGCGCCGUCGGACCAACCAGCCGCACAUUGUCCGUGUCGCCCAGUGUGGAGGAUCCGUCCUUCCGGAAUGUCACCUGGGACGAGUUGGUGACCACGUACAAGGAGCAGGUGAGCGGCCUGGUGGACGGCGGUGUGGACUUGCUCAUGAUUGAGACUGUCUUUGACACCCAGAAUUGCAAGGCUGCCAUCUACGCGGUAGAUGAAUACUUCCGGGAGACCAAGAAGGAGAAGCUGCCAGUGAUGCUGAGCGCCACCAUUGUGGACAACAGUGGCCGAACGCUUUCCGGGCAGACCAUCGAGGCAUUCUACAUCAGCGUAAAGCACGCCAACCCCUUUACCGUCGGCAUCAACUGCGCCCUGGGAGCUGCGCAGAUGAAGGGCUUCUACAACAAGCUGGCUGAGAUGAACUCCGGCUGGUGCCACGUCUACCCCAAUGCCGGCCUGCCAAACGCCAUGGGAGGCUACGAUGAGGAUCCCGAGAUCUUUUCAACAAACAUCUUGGACUACGCCAAGGACGGAAUCCUAAAUUUCGUGGGCGGCUGCUGCGGCACUUUCCCCUCCCACAUCGCGGCUGUGUGCAAGAAGGUUAAGGACUGCCCGGUGCGAAAGCUUCCCGAGCUGCCCAAGUACCCCACCAUGGUGCUGUCCGGUCUGGAGCCGCGGGAGGUUAACAAGGACACUGGAUUCCAGUGGGUGGGCGAGCGAUGCAACCUCAUGGGCUCUGCUAAGUUCAAGAAGUUGGUUGACGCUUACAAGUGGGACGAGGCCUUGGAGGUAUGCGUCGCCCAGUGCGAGAAGAAGUCCGACAUUCUGGACUUCAACUUUGACUCUGACCUCAUCGACGGCCAGUCAGCCAUGAGCAAGUUCAUGAAGCUGUGUGUAACGGAGCCUACAAUUGCCAGGCUUCCGUUCAUGAUUGACUCUUCCAAGUGGCCUGUGGUGGAGGAAGGCUUGAAGUGCGUGCAGGGCAAGUGCAUUGUGAACUCUAUCUCCCUGAAGCCUGGUGAGGAGGAGUUCUUGAAACAUGCUGAUGCAUGCAUGCGCUACGGAGCUGCAGUGGUGAUCAUGGCAUUCGACGAGAAGGGCCAGGCUGCCACGUUUGAGGACAAGAUCAGGAUCUGCCAGCGCAGCUACAAGCUGUUGCGCCAGAAGCUUGAUUUCCCUCCUGAGGACAUCAUCUUUGAUUGCAACGUGCUGACGAUCGCUACAGGCCUGCCGGAGCAUAACGGCUACGCCAUUGACUUCAUCAACGCAGUUGCUGAGAUCAAGCGCACCUGCCCUUGCGUGUCGUUCUCGGGCGGCUUGAGCAACCUGUCCUUCUCCUUCCGAGGGCUGAACUCCUUGCGCGAUGCCAUGCACAGCAUUUUCCUCUACUAUGCCGUUCCGAAGGGCCUGAACAUGUCCAUCGUCAACCCGGGCGCGUUGCCACGCUACUCGGACAUCGACGCCCACACCCGCAAGCUGGCUGAGGAGGUCAUCCUGAACAAGUCGGCCGAUGGAAACCAUGUGGAGCGGUUCCUGGAGUUUGCGGAGCAGGUGAAGAACCCCCCGGCUGCUGCACCGGCUGGUCCCAGACUGAAGAUUGAGAAGUCCACGCCGGAGCAGCAGGUGGAGUUCCUGCGGUCCUUGAAGGAGACGGUGUCCUGCGAGGCGGAGCACAUCUUGCCGAAGAAGGGCUGUGCGCGGGUGGACCCCUGCCGCGUGCAAGGACCUGCGGAGACCCAGAAGGUCGCACAGAAGAUCAUCGAGGGCAAGACCCCCACGCCCACGGAGGUGGUGAAUUACUUCAACAAUGAGCUGAAGAAGCGCAUUUGCUUCCUGGACGGAGGCAUGGGCACGCGCAUCCAGGCAGAGCAGCUGGAAGAGGCGGACUACCGCGGUGACCGCUUCAAGGACUUUGCCGAGAAGGAUGCCAACGGCAUUCCCGUGUCCCUGAAGGGCAACAACGACCUUCUGAUUUUCUCCAAGCCAGACAUGAUUAAGGACAUCCACAAGGAGUACUUUAUGGCUGGCUCCGACAUUUGCGAGACCAACACCUUCAACGGCACAACCGUGUCACAAGGCGAGUACAAGAUGCAGGCAGUUGUGCACGAGAUGAACAAGAAGGGAGCUGAGUUGGCAAAGAAGGCGGCAGCAGAGGUGACAAAGCAGGAGCCUCACAAGCCCCGCUUUGUUGCAGGCGCCGUCGGACCAACCAGCCGCACAUUGUCCGUGUCGCCCAGUGUGGAGGAUCCGUCCUUCCGGAAUGUGACCUGGGACGAGUUGGUGACCACGUACAAGGAGCAGGUGAGCGGCCUGGUGGACGGCGGUGUGGACUUGCUCAUGAUUGAGACUGUCUUUGACACCCAGAAUUGCAAGGCUGCCAUCUACGCGGUAGAUGAAUACUUCCGGGAGACCAAGAAGGAGAAGCUGCCAGUGAUGCUGAGCGCCACCAUUGUGGACAACAGUGGCCGAACGCUUUCCGGGCAGACCAUCGAGGCAUUCUACAUCAGCGUAAAGCACGCCAACCCCUUUACCGUCGGCAUCAACUGCGCCCUGGGAGCUGCGCAGAUGAAGGGCUUCUACAACAAGCUGGCUGAGAUGAACUCCGGCUGGUGCCACGUCUACCCCAAUGCCGGCCUGCCAAACGCCAUGGGAGGCUACGAUGAGGAUCCCGAGAUCUUCUCAGCGAACAUCUUGGACUACGCCAAGGACGGCAUCCUAAAUUUCGUGGGCGGCUGCUGCGGCACUUUCCCCUCCCACAUCGCGGCUGUGUGCAAGAAGGUUAAGGACUGCCCGGUGCGAAAGCUUCCCGAGCUGCCCAAGUACCCCACCAUGGUGCUGUCCGGUCUGGAGCCGCGGGAGGUUAACAAGGACACUGGAUUCCAGUGGGUGGGCGAGCGAUGCAACCUCAUGGGCUCUGCUAAGUUCAAGAAGUUGGUUGACGCUUACAAGUGGGACGAGGCCUUGGAGGUAUGCGUCGCCCAGUGCGAGAAGAAGUCCGACAUUCUGGACUUCAACUUUGACUCUGACCUCAUCGACGGCCAGUCAGCCAUGAGCAAGUUCAUGAAGCUGUGUGUAACGGAGCCUACAAUUGCCAGGCUUCCGUUCAUGAUUGACUCUUCCAAGUGGCCUGUGGUGGAGGAAGGCUUGAAGUGCGUGCAGGGCAAGUGCAUUGUGAACUCUAUCUCCCUGAAGCCUGGUGAGGAGGAGUUCUUGAAACAUGCUGAUGCAUGCAUGCGCUAUGGUGCUGCAGUGGUGAUUAUGGCAUUCGACGAGAAGGGCCAGGCUGCCACGUUUGAGGACAAGAUCAGGAUCUGCCAGCGCAGCUACCGGGUGCUGCGGGAAAACUUGGAUUUCCCUCCUGAGGAUAUCAUCUUUGAUUGCAACGUGCUGACGAUCGCUACAGGCCUGCCGGAGCACAACGGCUAUGCCAUUGACUUCAUCAACGCAGUUGCUGAGAUCAAGCGCACCUGCCCUUGCGUGUCGUUCUCGGGCGGCUUGAGCAACCUGUCCUUCUCCUUCCGAGGGCUGAACUCCUUGCGCGAUGCCAUGCACAGCAUCUUCCUCUAUCAUGCCGUUCCGAAGGGCCUGAACAUGUCCAUCGUCAACCCGGGCGCGUUGCCGCGCUAUGAGGACAUCGACGCCCACACCCGCAAGCUGACCGAGGAGGUCAUCCUCAACAAAUCGGCGGAUGGCAAGCACGUUGAGCGCUUCUUGGAGUAUGCGGAGGAGGUGAAGAAGCCCGCGGCCACGGGCCCGGCCGCCGGCCCGGCAGCUUCCAAGGAUGCCUGGCGUGAGGGCACCUACGUGGAGCGCCUCCAUCACGGGCUGAUCCAGGGCAUCGACAAGUUCAUUGAGCAGGACACGGAGGAGGCGAGGGCUGCCCUGAAUGUUCCCCUGCACGUCAUCGAGGGCCCGCUCAUGCAAGGCAUGGGCAUCAUCGGAGACCUCUUCGGUGCCGGCAAGAUGUUCCUGCCGCAGGUCAUCAAGAGCGCACGCGUCAUGAAGAAGGCAGUGGCCUACCUCACCCCUUACAUGGAGGAGGAGAAGAGGCUGGCGGCGCUGCAAGCGGGCGAGGACCCGGACCAGCCCAAGUACAACGGGGUGGUGCUGAUGGCCACUGUCAAGGGCGACGUGCACGACAUCGGCAAGAACAUCGUGGGAGUCGUCCUGGGCUGCAACAAUUACAAGGUGAUCGACAUGGGCGUCAUGGUUCCAUGUGAGAACAUCCUUGACAAGGCGAUUGAGGAGAAGGUGGACGUGGUUGGCCUCUCCGGGCUGAUCACGCCCUCUUUGGAUGAGAUGCAGUAUGUCGCUGAGCAGAUGAAGAAACGGAACAUGAAGUUGCCGCUGAUGAUUGGAGGAGCCACUACCUCGAAGCGCCACACCGCGGUGAAGCUGGCCACGAAGUAUCAGAACGGCGUCAUUCACGUUCUGGAUGCCAGCCGCAGCUGCACAGUGGUGAGCGCACUGUUGUCCGAAGACAAGCAGACCUACCUCAGUGAGAUCACGGAGGAGUACAACGAGAUCAGGGAGGAGUACUACGCCACCCUGAUUGACAAGAAGUGGAAGACUUUGGCCGACGCGCAGAAGAAGAAGCCCACCCUGGACUGGGCCAAGCUGCCGCCCGCGCCGAAGUUUGUCGGCAACAUGUGCCUCAAGGAUCACCCCAUCGAUGAGAUCAUGGAGUACAUCGACUGGACCCCUUUCUUCCAGGUCUACCAGCUUCGGGGCAAGUACCCCAACCGCGACUACCCCCACAUCUUCAAGGACGCGCGGGUGGGCCCGGAGGCCACGAAGCUCUUUGCGGAGGCCAAGGAGAUGUUGGCCUGGAUUGUGAAGGAGGGCCUGCUGAAAUGCUCAGGCGUCAUCGGCAUCCACCCGGCCAACAGCGUUGGGGAUGACAUCGAGGUCUACACCAACGAGAACCGGGACACCGUGGCCUGCAAGUUCUACGGGCUGCGUCAGCAGCUGGACAUGGGCGAGUCCACUUAUUGGUGCCAGGGCGACUUCGUUGCCCCCAAGGAGGUGGGCCCAGACUACAUUGCGGCCUUCGCGUGCACCGGCGGCAUUGGCUGCCAUGAGCAGAGGAAGAAGUUCGAGGACAAGGGGGAAAUCGACCAGGCGAUCCUGUUGGAGGCGGUGGCGGACCGCCUGGCGGAGGCGUUCGCAGAGCUGAUCCACUUGAAGAUCCGAACCACGCUGUGGGGCUACACGCCGGAUGAGAAGCUGUCGCUGGAGGAGAUGCUGAAGGUGAAGUACCAGGGCAUCCGCCCGGCGCCGGGCUACCCCUCCCAGCCGGACCACCGGGAGAAGAAGACCAUGUGGGACCUGCUGGACGUGGACAGGCUGACGGACAACAAGCUGGAGCUCACCGAGAGCUACAUGAUGAUGCCGAGCGCCUCGGUGUCCGCGCUGGUCUUUGCCCACCCGGAGGCCAAGUACUUCUCGGUGGGCCAGGUGAAUAAGGACCAGGUCGAGUCCUACGCAGCCCGACGCUGCGAGACUGGCGUCGAGGACACCGAGCGGUGGCUCGGAAGCACCGUGCUGGGCUACGAGAAGAGAUGCGCCUCGGCGCAUGGAACGGGAACGCGUCCUGGAUGGACGAAGUCCGUCGGACGCUGUCCAGAGUCGGAGCCCACGCCUGAAGUCGCCAUGCCCAGCACGCCCAACAACACCACGCGCCGCAAGAGCAUCCUGGUCACGGAGGCCCUGGACAUCAUCGAUCAGGACAACUCUGGAGAUCUGGGUAUCGAUGAGGUGGGGACGUUGCUGGCAGCGAUGGGCAUGAACGGCACGGAUGCCGAGCACGUGCUUUCGGUGGUCUUCGAUGGGUGCAGCGCCACCAGCCACACCGCGGUCACGGACGCCAUUCUGAUGUUCACCUCGGUGGGGGAGAGGGAGCUCGAAGCCAUGCUGAACCGAGUUGCCAUGUUCCAGAAAGCUUUCCGCAAGAUCGAUGUGAACGGCGAUUCCAAGCUGAAGCUGAACGAGGUGGUUUGGAUGAUGGAGAGCCUAAGCAUCGACAAGAAGCUGGCGGCAGACCUCAUGGCGUUCCUGGACGAGGACGACUCAGGAGAUGUGACCUGGGUGGAGUUCGUGCGGGGCGUCAGCAACGGCCAGUUCCACGUGCUCUUUCCCGAGAUCACCUUAGAGGCGUUGGUGGCCAUCCCAUCCAGCCUGCGCACCCAUAAGAUCAUCGGUGCGGAGGAGGAGGCGGAGGCCAUCAACAACCUGCCGGUGGUAGAGAAGUCCCUCUACUGGAUGCUCUCCUUCAUGUACGGCAGGUCUGCACCCCCGGUGAUUGCCGACGAGGACGAGUCCAAUCCCUCCUCCCCGGACAGCUGUUUGUCUCCCAACAUUCGCCCGUCCAUGAUAGCCGGUUUGAUGCAGCAGAGUGCGACUGACGACGGAAGUGGCCUUGGCUCUUCCAGCUCUUCUAGCGACUCCGAAGACACCACCUCCACCUCCGACUCGGACCACAACGCCAACACCAACUUGGCCCUGGAGUUACCCUCCAUGGUGAGGUCCCAGAAGGACCGGAGCGCGGUGGUGAUCGUGCGAAAGGAUGCCAAGGACCCUCAGCAGGCCCAGCUCGCAAAGGUGCGGCGCGGGAAGAACCCCGUGGUGGUCACCCGGAAGUUUGCGAAGAACCCGGAUGCGGUGCAGACGGCCUUGGUGCAGCCCAAGCUGCCGGUGGACCUGGCGGUGGCGCGGCCUGUGAGGAGCCCACCGCAUUUGGCGAUGCCGCGGCCAGCUUUUCAGGAGCCAGACGCGGAGCAGCCGCAGAAGCAGGUGCAGUUUUCGCCCUCGCUGCAACAGCCGUCCAGGAUGGGCCGGCGACAGAGUGUGGUUGGCGCGAUGACUAACAUGCUGCAGGGCUGGAAGUUUGGCACCAAGCAGCCCACCAUGUCGCUGGCGGACGCUGUGUCCUCCAUGCGGUCGAUGGAAGUGAAGGAGAAGAACAAAGCCCAUGUUCUCACGGAAGCCAAGCGCACCGCCAUGUGGCGGUGUGCUUAUGGUGCAGUGCUGGCCGGGAUUCUGGCCGGAGUGGGCGCAGCCUUCUUCGCGCAGGCGCUGAAUGACUUCACCAGCACCAUUGUGGAUGAAGAGGAGGACUGGCUAGCCUGGACCACCAUCGCGUGUACAUUUUCCCUGAUCUGGUCCUUGGCCGAGAUGGUGGUGUGCUGCGUCGCAGCCCUCGUGGCCGCGGUGAAGAUGACGCGGAUCUGUGGGAUUCUGCUAGUUCCCAUGGACAAGGAGCGGGCGAUCCUCGCGGGUUCGCUCGCCAGAGCUGCUUUGGAGCUGGGCCAUCCCAGGGUGCGGACCUUCGGCAUCGACCCCCACAAGCGGGCCAGCAAGUUUCUGCUGCUCCUGUACGCUUUGAUUUACAUGGGCAGCCGCGGGAUCACCAAGUUUGUCAUCAAGCUGGUAGUGAAGAAGGUGGCUCCCCGUACUUUGCUGAAGUUCAUGGAGAUGGCGCCCCUGGUGAUCGAGAUCCUGAUCAAUGUCCUUUUCAACUGCGUGACAGUAAGGUAUGCGAUGAACGAGGUGAUCGUUUGUGCCCUUGGCCCUUCUGCGACAGUGGAGGUGACCAGCCAGCUGAUUAAAGGCCACCGCAAAGGCAGAGAUGUGGAGGAGCCUUUGUCGGAUGAGCUCAAGCUGCUCGCCCUGCGGGCUGUAGGCGUAUCCAUCACCUACAAGAUGCAGAUGCAUCCCAACAGCCGCUGCCUGCUGGACUACGUGGUGGAGCUGUUCGUGGACGAGGGCUUUGUGCGCCGGGCCAAGGCGAACCACGGCCACAUGAUGGCCGAGGCGCAAUUGCGGCAGGCCAAGUCUGGGAGAUCCGCCCAGAAGACCAAGAGCAAGGGCACCGCCAGCACAGAAGGCGGCUGGUGCAAGGGCUGCUGCGGAAGUGCUGCCCAGAAGGAAGAGCCUGCAGAGUCGCUGCACGAAGAGCUGGCUGAACUAGGCUUGGACGACGAAGAUCUCUUUUUCGACGGCCUAGCUGUCCUGGACCACCGGGACGCGCUCUUCGCCUGCUCCAUGCUCUUCUUGGCACUCAUGUUGGACGGGCGCAUCGGCGGAUCCGACUGGGCCUUCAUUGAGCGCGCAGCCAGGACGGUGGAGCCACCGCUCAAGGCGAAGUGGCUCAGCGCAGUUCAUCUUAUGAACAUCUACUGCAGCGGCAGGCAGAUGACUUGCGAGCUCUUUCACGACAUCUUCGAGUCCUCAAUGGAUGGAGAGGCUUCGUCAGCUACCUGUUGCGAUUUCUUUUCGGGCGGCAUGCGCAGUGUGACGGAGUACAGCAACUGCUGCUGAGCCCAAGCGUGUCUUUCCACAGGGUUCUGUGAACAAAGU